AUUAGCUGCAUUGGUGACGAAUAUGCCUAGCUGAUAGUGACCCAAGUAAUGUAUUUUAUUCAGGUACCUACUUCCUAGGUAGGUACCUAUAAUACCUAACCGAUAGGUACCAAAACACAACUAAAGUCUAAACCCCAAUCCACCCACUAAAGGAUUAAGCCUUUAGGUUGCGAUAGAAGCUCGAAACUCUCAACAAUAAAACGUCUCAAGAGUCAAACCCGACAGCUACUCCAACAAAAACAACAACAACAGCAACAAAUAACAACUUGUUCAAGUAUUUUACAAACGGCACCGGAAAUAUGCAGGGAAACGGCACUGGCGCUGGUCCCGGCGCAAUGUCGAUUGGGCCCACGCCUGCCGGCCAUCAGGCCGAGCUUAACAUAAUUUACGGCAUGGUCGAGGAGCUGUCGCGUCAGCUGGCUGAGAACAGACGAGUGACUGAGGAUAUCGUGUCAGGACUUGGCAGGGUGCGCAAUCGGGCGCGGGACCGUGGUUUGACAAACGACCAAGUGCUCGGAGAAGCUGCAGAUGAAAUAUUUGCGCAAGAACCCAACCUCGAAGCCCUCGUGUCUAUCUUAACAGAAUCCCUCGACCGUGCCAAGCUCUCCCGCGACGCCAACUUCUCUCUUCUUACCAGCUACGCUCGAGUUCUCGCCAAUAUACUCUCUCAAUUCCACGCCUACAAGCAGAAGCAUGUGGCUGACGUAUCUGCCUGGCAUCGUUCUUACCGAGCACAGUUGGCCGAAGCCCGCGCCGAGAACUCACGUCUGCGCGAACAGAUCUGGGAGAUGCAGGAGCACGCCGGUCGCGCCAACCAGAUGCUGCGCGAGUUCCGCAAGAAAUACGAUGAGAACGAGGAGAGGUGGGAGAAGCGUGUUGACAAUAAGGCUAGGAGACAGGAGAUUCGCUUCUGGAAACGGAUGGCUAUGCCCGAGGUUGGUGAGUCCGAGGAGGGGUACUGGAGCGACGACGACGAUUUAGUAGACCCCGUUGAGAAAGAACGGUUAAAGGAGGUGGAGCGUAAAGAUGCCGAACAGGCCCUUGCUGGCGUCGGUAGUACUAGCAGCCAGGGGGAGGACUCGGAGGGAGAAGGAGGCGAGCCACGAGUCCCGUCAACAAGCAUGAUCGGUGGCGUGGCUAUGGAUAGAGAGGGAAGUGAAAUGGCAAGGAUGGCACCAGUACCACCUCCAAGACCAUCCAGUGCGGGGAGUACGGGGAGCAUAGGACAACAACCCGGCUAGGAGGUUGGAUGUAAGUUUGCACAGCACUUAAAUAUGCAUUCGUAUGGCGUUGAGGCUGACUCGAUCAAAUAAUACCCCCGAAUGAGAGCGGUUCGAACUAGUUGGAUUGAUUGCUUAUGCCGCCUACCCUGAAGUUUGACGUGAAGACUUGUUAGGUAUCUCUUAUCAAUGUAAUGUAGGCUGUUCCUUUUAUUUGUAGUUACGACGUACGCCUGCCUAUUAUAUUACACUGUACCAAGGCAUGUCCAUAAUACCAGCAACCUGUCGCCUCAAUCAAGCAAAGCUCUUGAUGCAGGUCGUCUUUAAUAUUGCUGACUUCAUUUCGAUGGGAAACCUGGGACUUCAUCUUGUCCUGGUAUGGGAUAUGGCCUCUUGAUCGUUGCUGUCGCCUAGAUUUCCAUCUGGACUUCCGAAGAGUCUAGUAGCUAUGUUUGAUAUCCUAACUACCUGGGUAGUUGUACGAAAGCGUUUGUGAAGUAUAAGGGACCUUUUUAUAGAGACAGCUUCUAAGGUGGCCUAUAUGUGAGCUGAGAGAGAGAGAGAGAGAGAAAAAGGAGGAAAUAUUAAGUUGCUGACCAAUGAUAAGAUGGAAUCCUUGCUGUGGAGUGAACGAUGACGAAAACAACCUGGCCAGUCUGACAUAACUAGGGAAAUUAAGCA